GAGCUGCUGUGCCAGGCUGGAGUAGGUAUAGUCUUUAAAUGAACCCUUGUUGCUCCUGAUGCUGUGCCACGUUAGGCAUCUGCUGUGAUAUGGGGCAUGAGCUGAUCCUUUAUAAAGAUGAGCAGCCUGGUGCAACAGGACAAAGCUAGGCUGCUGUAGGAGUGUUGCAUGGAAGAUGCAAGGAGAUCCCUAGGCUAACACAGUAUUCCUGGACUAAUGCAACAUACAUCACUCCCUGUCUACAGUUGUAGAAUCUCUGUAUUGUGAGACUGCACUGGCACAGCUAGGCUAUGCAGGUAGUGUGUAAGUAGUGUAUCCUGCUGUAUCCUGCACCUUUCACCUUGCCUGAUGAGCUGAGGUGCUCUGUGCUCCAGAGGAUGCUGCUGAGGAGGUGGCAUACGUCUGUAUGGGGUCUGAGUGGGUCAUUUCAUCUUGUUGUGAAGGUUCAGGCCCUUCAUGCUGAGGACCAUACACUUGUCACUGUGAGCUAUGACUUCUAAGCACCAGUCUGAUUGGAUCCCUUACAGCGCAUUAAAUGACGAGAGCAGCAGUCUGCGCCAACAGAAGCUCGACAGGCAGCGCGCGCUGAUAGAGCAGAAACAAAAAAAGAAACGACAAGAACCUCUCAUGGUCCAAUCAAAUGUAGAUGGUCGGACUAGAACCCGGAGAAUGAAGCAAUCAGAGGAGCAAGCACCACUGGUGGAAUCCUAUAACAGCAGUAAUAACAGCACUAUUUAUAAUGUACAGGAGGCGGAACAAGAGGAUGUGCAGGUGAUAGCAGAAGUCCAAGUACCAAAAUCCACCAAAAAAGCCAAGUCGGCAGGAGCUGCCGGUUGUCAGUCUGGCAGUGCCAGAAAGGAAAAAAAGGGCAAACAAAAAGGAAUUGACGGACCAGCAGCCUUUCAAGAUGAACCUCAGGAAAGAGGAAGUCAGGUACAGAUUCUCACGGUGGGACAGUCCAGCCAUGAAGAGGACGAUGGGGAAUCAGUAGCCAGCGGGCAACAGGAAAGCAAACAAGAUAUAAGAGUGAUGCUGCAAAAAAAGGGUAUAUCAAGCAGCAUGAACUUUGACGAGGAAGAAGAUGAGGAGGAUGAAGACAGUUCAAGUUCAUCACAACUAAAUAGUAACACGCGACCUGGGUCAGCCACAAGUAAAAAAUCCAACAAGGAAACUGCGUCUGCUCCCAGUCCUCCAGCCAAUGAGCCUUCCAUUGAUGUGGAAGACCUGGAGGAAUUCUCAAAGAGGCCAGCUCCUCAAGGAGUAACCAUUAAGUGUAGAAUCACAAGAGACAAGAAGGGAAUGGACCGGGGAAUGUAUCCAACCUAUUAUCUACAUUUGGAAAAGGAGGAUGGUAAAAAGGUAUUUCUAUUAGCCGGCAGAAAGCGAAAGAAGAGCAAAACAUCAAAUUACUUAAUUUCUAUUGACCCAACAGACCUGUCACGUGGGGGAGAAAGUUUCAUUGGCAAACUGCGAUCAAAUCUGAUGGGUACUAAAUUUACUGUCUACGAUAAUGGACUAAAUCCAGUUAAAACCUCUUCAAGCUUAGAGGCCAGCAACUUGCGCCAGGAACUUGCAGCCAUUUGCUAUGAAACAAACGUCUUGGGAUUUAAGGGACCUCGGAAAAUGAGCGUAAUUAUCCCUGGAAUGAAUAUGGACCACGAAAGAGUUUCUAUUAAGCCGCGUAAUGAACAUGAAACUUUGUUAUCUCGAUGGCAGAACAAAAACACAGAAAGCGUAAUUGAACUUCACAACAAAACGCCUGUCUGGAAUGACGACACCCAGUCUUAUGUACUGAAUUUCCACGGACGUGUUACACAAGCUUCAGUGAAGAAUUUCCAGAUUAUACACGCCAACGACCCUGACUACAUUGUGAUGCAGUUUGGUCGUGUAGCGGAAGAUGUGUUUACAAUGGACUACAAUUACCCAAUGUGCGCAUUACAGGCCUUUGCUAUAGCGCUCUCCAGUUUUGAUAGUAAAUUGGCCUGUGAGUAAAUUGAAACAAAUAUUUUCAAACGCACGAUCUGUAAUGGACAGAUCAUAUCUGUGUCUUACUGUAACGCUUAAAGAGACUGGACAAACCUUUCUCAAACUUUUCUCAAUUGCCAUAAGAAAAGAGGGAAAAAUAAUGUUUUACACAUUAUUAAUAUUUUUAGGCCUAUUUUUUCUUUGUAAAUAAAAUUCUGUUCGCUUUCUGACAGAGAAACGUGUUGGUCUUUCAAUAUAAAAUAUGUUGAUAGGUAGUGUUACCUAUUUCUACAAUUGUGGAAAUUGUAAUUUUAUUUUUGUAUUUGUUUUUAUGGAGAUUGACAAUGGGGUUCCUAAUAAAUAGUCAAACUCUUCAAUCAAACCCACAUAAAUAAAGCUGGCACAGGUUUUCUAAGCAGUGUAAAAGCUUAGCACGUCUCAUUCAGGAUAACGCUAUAUGGUAAAACAUCCAUAAAGUCUUGCCUCUGCAUAAACAUUCAAUGUAUCACUGUAAUGAAAUUGUAUAAAGAGAAAUUGUUCAAGGUUUCUAACAGAUGCUAACAAAAUUCUUGUAGAGAUACUGUGUAACUAAUGUUUGUUUGAUGAUGUUAAAGAAAGCACAAAGACACAAUUUUAUAGAAUGGUUUAUGUUGUUAGGUUCAUUCUGAUUUGAAUGAGUUUUAAGUAUAAUUUGAGCCUACUGUACCAUUACGUUGCUAACCCCUAAUCCAAACGCUUUCUAUGUGUUUCUAUAGUUAUGUAUAGCAGUUAUGUUAUUGCUAAUAUUGUGGUUACAAACGUCUUCUAAUUUGAAACACUAUUUUGAUCUGUAAAGUUCACUCUUUGUUGAUUAAGAACAUCUUGAAGGAACCUCGGAAGAUUCUUUAGUGAAGAAAUAUUUGGAAAACUGUAAGAAAAUAAAAAUUAUAUUCCAAUAAACAA